CACACUGAGGGUGAGUGAGUGAGUGAGAGGGGAGACAGGCUGAGUAGCCCGACUGUGCAGACGAGGCUUAUUUCGGGCGCACAUUAGGAGUGCGUAAAACCGCGGGAGUCUACUGUUACGCGGUGAUUGUACGCUAGAUAAUUCCAAUUCGAAGUCUCCAACUUUGGCGGCUUUGUUUCGCUUCCUUUUCUAGGAAGUUCCUUGUGAUUUAAGCAGCUUUCGGUUUUCUGAAUGGACGCGCCGGGAAGCUUCUUCUCCAACAUGGAAACGCGUCUCCCUGCGCGCGCCGCCGGAUGCUGAGGACGCCCCACGCUCUCUGUCCCAACUCCAGCAUUCACUUUGAGCUUUCAACUCGCUUCUCCAGCCGACGAACACCAUGGAAGGCACCAGCUUCCAGCCCCAUCCCGGACUUCAGCAAACUCUCAAGCAGUUCCACCUGAGUUCUAUGCGCUCCCUCGGCGGCCCGGCGGCGUUCUCCGCUCGGUGGCACCAAGACGCGCUCUUCGGGAAGGAUGGCAAAUCCGUGGAGAUGAUGCUCUCCUUGCCGGCCCAAACGCCCCCCGUCAUGUCCGGGCCACUUUUCAUCCCGUCCGACCGCUCCACGGAAAGGUGCGAGACUGUUCUGGAGCGCGAGCCCAUCUCCUGCUUCGUGGUCGGCGGGGAGAAGCGCCUGUGCCUGCCGCAGAUCCUCAACAGCGUGCUGAGAGACUUCUCCCUGCAGCAGAUCAACUCGGUGUGCGAUGACCUGCACAUCUACUGCUCCAGGUGCACGGCGGACCAGCUGGAGAUCCUGAAGGUGGUGGGCAUCUUGCCGUUCUCGGCACCGUCCUGCGGGCUGAUCACUCAGACAGACGCGGAGCGCCUCUGCAACGCGCUCAUCUAUGGCGGCACGUACCCCCCUCAUUGCAACAAGGAGCUGGGCUCCCUGGAGCUGGAGCGAACCGAGAGGAGCUUCAAAGUCUACCACGAGUGUUUCGGCCGGUGCAAGGGCCUGUUUGUCCCAGAACUGUACACAGGUCCGACCGCCGCCUGCAUCCAGUGCAUGGACUGCAGACUCAUGUUUCCUCCUCACAAGUUUGUGGUCCACAGUCACAAGAGGCUGGAGAACCGGACAGUCCACUGGGGCUUCGACUCGGCCAACUGGCGGGCUUAUGUGCUCCUGGACCCGGACUACACCAACAAGGAGGAGAAAAGCCAACUGGAGCAGCUGCUGAAAGAACUCAAAGGAAAAUACGAUUUGGCAGGAAAGCUGCCCAGUAAAUCCUGCAGAUCCCCCAGCCCUAUACCAACCAAGAGGUCCAAAUUAGACAAAUUACUGUCUCCAUCAGCUGACAAAGACAUGAAACCUGAUUGGCUACAGACGCUGUCCAAGUCUGCACACAAGGAUCUGAAGCAGGUCCAGCUGAAACAGCGGCCUUCAGCUUUCCGCCCUUGGUCUCCCAAAGCAGCAGAGAAAGAGAAAGCAGCUCCUCAAAAUGAGCCAGAAAGUAGAACCUGUCUAAAGAACCAGGAGUUGUUGGCUGCUGCCACGGGCCCUCUGCUCCAUCCCAGCAGGGAGUCCAAAGUUGUUUCCGCACAAGAUCUGCAUGAUGAAAGCAAACAGCUGCCGACUAAGCCGGCUCACUCUGUCCCUGCCGGCCGGCCCGAUGACAUGGACACAGACGGGGAGAUCGAUGUAGACGACUGUGAUGAUGGUCCAGUUCCAACUCCUUCUGUUGCAUCUCCUCCAUCAGCCUCCACCAGCAUCUCCCAGUGUCCAUCUCUUCAGGCUCAGGAUUUAGCUCCCUGGCUGGCAGGAGCUGUCUCCACAGAGAUAGACACCAUGAGACAGAUGCUGUACACUGGCCUGGACACCAGAGAAGCCCGGGAGAAGGUGCUGCAGGAGGUGGUCAGAAUGAGAGUGAAGCAGGAGGAGAAGCUGGCAGCUGCUCUGCAAGCCAAACGCAACCUUCAGCAGGAACUGGAGUUUGUGAGGGUGGCUAAGAAGGGCCGUCUCCGCGACGCCAUCGAGGCCAAGCGCAACUUGCGAAAGCAAAUUGAGCGCCUCCGCGUGGACUGGGAGAGGAAGAUGAGGGAUGCAGAGGAGUCCUGCGGGCGGCUGAAGAGGGAGUUGGAAAGAGAAAAACGAGUGCGAGCUUGUGACCAAAGUUGUGAAUCUGAACGUCUCCGGAUGAAGUACUCAACUCAGAUUGAGGAGUUGCACGUGCAGCUGCAGCAGGCAGAGGCCGAUCGGGAGCAGCUGAGGCAGGAGCUGCAGCUGGAAAGAGAAGCUCGACAGACGCUGGAGAGCAUCGUGAAAGAUCUGCAAACCCAGCUGGCCCUGCAGGCCAAUGGCAGCCUUCCUGCAGACUGCAAAGACUCAAUAAAACAAAUCACAUAUCCCAGUAAAGGAUCCUAAAAUUGCACAUUUGAACCUGAACAGAGAGACUUUGUUACACUUCCUAUUAGGGUGGGGUGGGGGGCAUACAAAGCCACUUUUGUAGAGAAAACAACAAAAAAAGCUGUUAUAUAUGAUAUCGUAUACAUCAAUAUUAUUACAAGGAACUUCAUGAGAUGAACUGGAAAGUAGCAUGAGCAUGUUAGCGGGAGCGGACCUACGGAACCAUGAAACUACCGGCGCAGCCCAAGGAUUUUGUUUUGUUAUAAGCUAUUCAUAGACGUGCAGAACACAACACUACUUGAAUAUGAAGGGAUGAAACAGUAGCAAGCGAUAAACGUCGUCUGCAGACCACUGGAAACAAGAGACACACGUUUACCACUAUUUACAUUUAAGGUAUCUGUUUGAUUGUUGUUUUUUUUUUUUUUUUUUUUUUUGAAGAGGACAGAAAUGUUGUAACUGAAAUCAAACAUUCAUAUUCAUAUAGCAGCUGAUCUACCUUUUGUAUUUUAUACACCUGAAGUAUUGGAUGUUCAAUGGACUGCCUUCAUGUUUAACGCUUAAAAACAUUACCUAAGUAUUUUGUUUUUUGCUUCGUCACCAAGUAGCUAAGAUGUUUUUUUGUUUGUUUGUUUUUGUGCCCUAUAUGAAUUCUUUAACGCGCUAAAAUUCAAAACAGCUGUUUUAGUUGAAAAAUGGUACUUCCCGUCAUGGAUUUUAUUUUAUUUUUUAGUCACUGGUUUUAGGACUCUUAAACCAACAGUUACUGUUUGUAAGGAAAACAUUUUUACAAAUAUACAAUAUAUGAAUAUAUAUUUUUUUACUUUGAGAAAAAGUAAUUGCACUUUUUAAAAAAUAAAAAAAGAACAGAACCAAGUGUGCAUUGUAUUCCCCAUUAUGGUUUUUAAGAUCAGAAAUCAGACUUUUAAGGAAUGAAUACACUUUUCCCCCCAGUGUCUUGUAAAUACAAUAAUAUUGUAAAUAAGAUGUUUGUUGGUAUGUUUGCUUGCUCUAGACUUAAAUUGAUUCUGCGUAUUAUUAUUAUUAUCAUCAUUAUUAUAUUAUAUUAAAUUUUGUUGCUGUUACUUGAAACCAAAAAGGAAAAAAAAGUGAAGCUCUAUUUGGAAUUGCAAAACUGUAAUUUCAUAGUUGCAGAUCACUGAGUGUCACUACAGUCAGAGGGCAUUCACCGUGGUAACACCUACACCAGGGGUGUCCAAACUUUUCAAAACAAGGACUAAAAUCAUUCAUUUAAAUAUCCUCAUGGGCCACAAAAAUGUCAUUUUUUUAUGUUUAAAAUGAUUUCAUGAUGUUUUUUCAUUUGUACUGCUCAGAAAUUGACGUGUUUGUAAGAAUCUGAACAGAAACGUGUCCAUCUUUAUACACUGCAAAAACUGAGUUUUAAGAAAGCAAAUCAGAAGCCUGGAUUUUAGACAUUAUUUAGACACUAUUUUAGUCUAAAAAUGAUCUUAUCUGUAAAACAGCACUAUUUGAAAUAAGGUAAAUAUUCUUAAACAUUAUCCAGAUUUUCUUGUUUUGAGUAGAAGAGUCUGCCAAUGCUGUUAGCAAAGCUGCUCGGCUAGAUUUCUUAUAAUAGCAACAAAAUCUAAUGUUAGAUUAUUUUGUGAAGGAGAUUAAAUAUCUAACAACAAGGUUUUUUACUUUCUUGAAAUUUGUUUUUUGCAGUGUAGUGGAGUCCAGUUCUGGUCCUCCGGGUCAAAUACCUAGCAUGUUUUACUCGUGUCUCCAAAACACCCGAUCUAAUGGUCAUCAGGGUCUGUAGACGUCUGUUAAUCAACCACAGGUUAAACUUUUAACUUUCACACUGAGAAAAACUAGAAAUGUUCCUGUUAUGAGUUUUUGUUUAAUUAAGUUAGGGCAAUGAGGACUAACAAUAAAUAAUGAUAUUAAGAUAAAAAUAAUUGAAUCUCAUAACAAUUAUGUUUUUAUUCCAAUGUUCCAAUAUUUUCUAAAAUUUUUGUUAAUUUUUUUUUUUUAGAUUAUUUUCCAGUUUAGUAAAGUGUAUAUUUCAUUAGGAUAAAGGCUCUACCAAACGGUUGAACUAUUACUUUAAGGGUUCAAAUCAGGUAUGUUGGAGCAGAGAAACUUCUAAUUUAAAAAAAUGCAGGUUGGUGGCCCUUGAGGGCCAGAACUGGACACCCCUGAGCUUCACCAACGUCCGGGUGGACACAAAAUUCCACCAUUCUGGAAAUGCAAUUAGGGGCCCACAUGAAAUCCCUCCAAGGGCUCCAAAAGGCCCCAAGGCCGCACUUUGGACACGUCAGUGUGAAUUUUAUAGCUCUUGCAAUUGUGACAAACCAACAGAAUAUUGUAACUGAUUUAGUGUUUUAUAUUCAUGCUAAAUUGAUGAAUUAUAGAAUAUAUAAUUACACUUCAGACCAAAAACUGACACAUGGAUGAUCGAUCUCUGCACUUUCAAUUCCGUCAUCAGGCAGGAUAACGUCUCCUCAUGAUUAAAACUCAUUCUUUAUGUUUGGUGCUCUCAUAUGUAUUAGACAGGAAAACACUCAUGUCUUAUGAUUAUGAUGCCCUCGCUCAAUAUUUGUUGAGUACAUUGUAAUAGCAGUAUUCGCUUUGUUAGCUGAUGCUGUUGUAUUUUGGGUUUGGAUGUGGGCUUUUUACUUGUCUCUUGUUUUGAUGUUUUAUUUUUCCUUCAGAAAAGGUGUAUAAUACCCAUUAAAAUCUAAAUAAGUUCCA